GACCCUUUUUAUUCCAACGUCGUCUGUCGCAAAGGCUUGGGCUUUGGCCAUGUCAUUUGCGAUUACCAGUGCAGCGGGCCUUGCGCGACUUUCACCAGCACCGCGACGCGCCUCAUCUACUGGCUUCUUCCUCCUUGCACUCUCCGCAUCGCCUUUGGUAGCACCUGCCUCGACCAGCCGCAGUCCCGGCGUCCCCUUGCAGCGAAUGCCCUCCCACGCACACCCAACCUGUCCCUUGAAUCGAAACACCUCCCCGGCCACAGUCGGCUUACGGUCAUUCCAUUCUUCCUCGCACAAUUGGCGGAGUAUGCCGCAAUACACCUAUCAUGUAGCUGCCUCCUACUCGGCCAAGCAAGACAACUUUGAUGCAGAGCAAAAUCUCUUCACGCGCCCGCUCUACGACCCGAGGAAAAGCAAGAUUGAGGAUCUGCGCGAAUGCAAAGAGGCCAUCGACAAGCGGAAGCGAGCAAAGAGUGGACAGGACGCCUUCUUCUUCAGCCAAGUGGGAACCACUGAUGCCACGACAUUUGGAGUCGCAGACGGAGUCGGCGGUUGGGUCGAGUCUGGCUUGGAUCCCGCAGACUUCUCCCAUGGAUUGUGCGAGUACAUGGCCUGCGCAGCGCGCUCAUGGCCGCACGGAUUCAACACGACGUCGUUACACCCGAAGGAUCUGCUUCAGGUUGCGUACGACGAAGUUACCGAUGACGCCAGCAUUGAAGGUGGCGGCAGCACCGCAUGCCUGGCGGUCGCAGAACCAGACGGCCAUGUCGAAGUCGCCAACUUGGGCGACUCAGGAUUCAUGCAUCUGGGUCUAAACGCAGUGCGACAUUUCACACAGCCCCAAACACAUGCCUUCAACACUCCCUAUCAGCUCUCAAAAACCCCUCAACGUAUGCUGGUGCAGAUGGCUGUGUUUGGUGGUCCAACCACACUCUCGGAUCUACCAAAGGAGUCGAGUGUAACGCACCAUAAAGUACGGCAUGGAGAUGUCCUCGUCUUCGCAACCGACGGUGUGUGGGAUAAUCUCAGUCCACAGGAUGUGCUAGGUAUUGUCAGCCGUCAGAUGGUCGACCUAGGUGCUUGGGUUGAGAGAGAUGGCACAAUUGUGGUCGGAAAAAAUCUAGCAAAGCUGGUACAGGCAAACUCAUCUCGCAAGGCCGACAGUUCCUCGCUCCAGGCAAAGGUCGCAGUUGCAAUUGCAAAGGAGGCCAAAGUGACGGGACUCAACACUCGUCGGGACGGGCCUUUUGCCAGAGAGGUACAGCGAUACUACCCUGGGGAGAACUGGCAUGGCGGCAAACCGGAUGACAUUGCUGCCGUGGUAGCUGUUGUGCUCGAGGAGGCAUCCCCACGAGCAAAACUGUGAUCAUUUGUACGACCUACCGUUUGGAUGCAUGAGUAGGCCAUGGCGUUUGGGGGAAAGACUUGCACAAUCGGGACCGGGGCAUGACUGCAUACAACACUCGCGAGAGGCAAUCUCAUUGGCUGCUCUAGCUACGCAGUGUCUUUUACCAAGCCUUUCAUUCCGUUAUAGUUGAUUGGAUUGUCGUUCAUGUCUCUACAGCGUGUUUUCUCGUUUGGAUAGAUGUUGUAGAAGAGAGGGGACUGGGGUAUCAAGUAACGAAGUAUUUGUUUUGGAGGCUACCGGCUGGUAUCUAAGACUUUAUCACUAUUACGAUGUAUGCAAACUGUUGGAAUUAUAAGAUAUUGUUGCUUUC